AUGAGCAGCCGGCUGUUAUCAGCCAGGCUUGUGCCUCUGGCCCAACGAGCCAGCUCCCGCACAUCAGCAGCAGCAUCGCGCCACAUCCACUCCCACCACAGCUCCUCGGCCGGCAGCCUUCUGCGAUGCGAAUCUGGUAUCCGAGCUACGCGAAGACGAAUAUGGCCUGCGGGUACGAUCCGGUUUUCAAAUGCCGUGAUAGUGAGGAAUGCGUCGUUUGCGAGGGUCAUACCGAAUAUCUUGAUGAAGUUUGCGAGGAUUCCGGCGCUGUUUGCUGGGGCUACUAUUACGGGCUUGGCGUAUGUGCAGUAUCAGGCUACGCUGGCUGGGAAUUAUGCGGUAGAUGUCUUCAACAGGGGCAAGGAUACUGUUACUGGUGUUGCCGGAGGGUUGUUCGGUGGUGCGAAGGAUAUUUUGGAUCAGACUCGGAAGGGAAUUGAGAAUACAAAAGAGCAGGUUGAAUUGCCAGAGUGGAUGCAGAAGAUUCUCAGGAUUCAUGAAGAGAUCGGGAAUGGAGAAGGAGGUGGAAGUGGACCUGGAGGGGAAGACCCAAAGCAGAGUCGGGUGGGUGCUGGUGCUGGAGUGGCAGGCGGAACUGCUGCUGCGUAUGGAUAUGAUUCGUCUGAUGAGGAAGACCCUAGGAGCCACGCGGAGGCGGCGAAGGAUGACCAAAUGAUGGUUUUGACGAAGAAGAUGAUUGAGAUUCGGGGUAUUCUACAAACCGUUGGACAAUCAAAUGCGUUGACACUACCGUCAAUUGUAGUUAUUGGAUCUCAAUCAUCUGGGAAGAGUUCUGUUUUGGAAUCUAUUGUUGGACACGAAUUCUUGCCAAAGGGGGCGAACAUGGUUACACGGAGACCUAUCGAGUUGACCCUUGUCAAUACCCCAGAUGCCCAAGCAGAGUAUGGAGAAUUUCCAGCUUUGGGUCUAGGGAAGAUUACGGACUUUUCAAGUAUUCAGAGGACAUUGACGGAACUAAACCUGGCCGUCCCUGACUCGGAAUGCGUGUCAGAUGAUCCUAUACAACUUACGAUCUCAUCGCCACACGUCCCAGAUUUAUCCCUUAUUGAUUUACCUGGGUAUAUUCAAGUAGUUGGACAUGAUCAGCCAUCGGAGUUGAAGCAGAAGAUUGCGGAUCUCUGUGAUAAAUACAUCCAACCCCCAAAUGUCAUUUUGGCAAUCUCAGCAGCAGAUGUUGACCUUGCAAACUCUACCGCUCUAAGAUCGAGUCGAAGAGUUGAUCCCAGAGGAGAGCGAACAAUUGGAGUCAUCACGAAGAUGGACCUCGUUGAUGCUACCCGAGGAGCGUCAAUUCUCAAAGACCCUAGAUACCCCUUACGACUCGGCUAUGUCGGUGUAGUAUCACGAGUCCCUCCCCAAUCAACAAGCCUUUUCAAAAAGGGCAGCGGCAACAUAUCGUCUCUAAUCUCCCGAAAUGAGUCGGCCUUCUUCAACGCACAUCCCCUCGAAUUUGGCCCCCAAAGCGGGGUGGCAGUAAGCACCACCACCCUUCGUACAAAACUCAUGCACGUCCUCGAACAGACCAUGGCCGCGAGUUUGCAAUCCACCAGCGACGCAAUCCAUCAAGAACUCGAAGAAGCAACCUACGAAUUCAAAGUCCAGUACAAUGAUCGUCCCUUGUCCGCAGAAUCAUACCUAGCUGAGAGUCUGGAUGGUUUCAAGCACGCAUUCAAAGAAUUUACUGAAUCUUUUGGCCGGCCCCAUGUGCAUGAAAUGUUGAAAGAAGAACUCGAUCAACGAGUCCUCGACCUCUUAGCGCAGCGGUACUGGAAUAAACCCAUCACCACCCUCUCCCUCGCUCCACCUGAGCCAGACUCCCUCGCCGAUCUGCCAAAAGCGGAUCCGGAAUCCCUAUAUUGGCAUCGCAAACUCGAUGCUUCUACUUCGGCGCUCACCAAACUCGGGAUCGGCAGGCUAGCGACGACGGUUGUGGCAAACGCUAUCCAAGCCAACGUCGACCGUCUCAUCUCGCAAAGCACAUUUGCGUCGCACCCUUUCGCACGCCAAGCUAUCACAGAAGCUGCGUCUGGGAUACUGAAUGAGCGGUUUUAUAGCACAAGUGAUCAGGUGGAGAAUUGUAUCAAGCCGUAUAAAUUUGAGAUUGACGUUGAAGAUGGCGAGUGGGCACGAGGACGCGAACACGCUGCACGUGUGUUGAAGAACGAACUCCAGGCCGUCGACGAAGCGGUGAAGAAUGUGGAGAAGGCUGUUGGUGGGAAGAAGAAGUUGAGGGAUGUAGUGGGGUUUGUAGAUAAAACUAGGAAGGGUGAGAUAGUUGUCGAGGGAGAUGGACGGAGUGGAGCGGGCGGGUUUUCCAGUGAUCUUUUGCAGAAAGGCAAAGAAGCACUCUUCCUCUCUGACCGCGCCACUCUCCUCAACCUCCGCCUCCGCGCCCUCAAAUCCCCACAAUGCGCCACCAAGAUGAACAAAUACCACUGUCCGGAAAUCUUCCUCGACGUUGUGUCUACAAAAUUAGUAUCCACAGCCGUCCUCUUCCUAAACGUCGAACUCCUCUCCGAAUUCACCUACCAAUUCCCCCGCGAACUCGACAUCAGGUUAGGGCGCGGCCUGGGCCAAGACGAGAUAGACCGCUUUGCGCGCGAAGACCCGAAGAUCAGGGGCCAUUUAGAUGUUAUUCGGCGCAAGGAGUUGUUGGAGCUCGUGUUGGAGAAGAUGGAGGGCGUGAGGGAUUUGGAGAGGGGGAGGGGGAAGGGGAAGGGGAAGAGGGAGGAAAAGAAGGCGAAUGGGAGUGGGAAUGGGAGUGCGAGGGGGUGGGGGAUUUUUUAG